CACCGCUCCUCGGCCCCUUCCGCCUCCGCCUCGGAAGCUCCUCCUAGGCGGCCGUCGGAGGCUACGGCAAGGUCUCUUCUCUGUAGAGUCGGGUUUUCUCGCCAUCUGUCACGCGUCUUCGGCGGCACCCACAGCUCAGCGCCUGCACAGACUGAGGACCACGGUCACCAUGACAGCGACCGCCGGGGCCCCUGGAUCUUGGAGUGAAAACAUAUUGGAAUAUUUUCUCAGAAAUAACCAGAUCACAACAGAAGAUGGCGCCCAGAUCAUCUGGUAUCAUGCGGCUAACCACAAGGUACAAGUGAAUGAGGCACUGAGAAGUACUGCUCAUAUGAUAGAGGCUGAUGUCAUUUUUCCAAGCGAUGGAUCAGAACAUGGCCAGCCAAUCAUGGCUCAUCCUCCUGAAACAAACAGUGAUAAUACUUUACAGGAAUGGCUGGCUGAAGUUAUAAAAAGCAAUAAAGGCAUUAAACUGGAUUUUAAGAGUCUCGCAGCUGUAGAACCAUCCAUGAUGCUCUUGGAAAAUGUGAAGAGGCAUCUGAAGCGUCCAGUGUGGAUUAAUGCUGAUAUUCUUCCUGGUCCAAAUGGAAAUAGCAGAGUAGUGGAUGCAAAACCGUUUAUAGACACUGUGACAUCCUUCUUUCCAGAUGUGACAUUUUCCCUAGGUUGGACAACAGGAUGGCAUCCUGAGAAAGUCAAUGAAGGUUACAAUUGGAUAAUGGUGAAAGAGAUGGAAUAUAUAUGUAAUGAACUAAAUCAGCUUGUAACAUUUCCUGUCAGAGCAGCAUUAGUCAGGCAGUCUUGUUCUCAGUUACUUUGGCUGUUAAAGCAAUCAAACAGAUACAGCCUGACUGUUUGGACUGGAAAAAACGAUAGCUAUUCCACUGAAGAUUUACUUUUUAUUAGAGGCCAUUUUGACAAAAAAAGAGUUUUCUAUGACAUCUUGGAACCACAAAACCAUGAAUUUAAACAAGCCAUUGGAAUCAAAAUUAAUCUCUAAGAUGAAAAUUCUGCUAAAGUAUUUCAUGUUUUGGUUUCAUAAUCCUUCUUUGCUUUGGUCUGAAUUGAUUACCAUAUAAAUUAUGAUGAUUGAUUUAUGUUCCAGUUUAUCCAAUCAAAAAACACUGAGUGCUUACUCUGUUAGGCUUAUGUCCUUAUAAUACUCUACUUACCUAAAAGAGUCGGAAAGAAGAGAUUUCAUCGGGCUAGUAUAACAAUAAUUUAGGAAAAUGAAUCUUUAAAACUAUAAAAAAAUUUGGUAUACUGAAGAUAAUUGAAAGAAUCCACAUGACAUACAGCUAUUAAAUCACAUUUUGUUGGCACUAGCAUUAUAGAGAUUUCAUAAAAAUAUGCCAUCCUCUUUCCUUUUUCCUGGAGAACUAGUUAUUCAGAGACUAUAGAAGAGUAAGAGGGCUUUAAAAAUGUUUUUAACUUUCACAGGGAUGAGCAGCUUUCUAUAACAAGAUCAAGUCUAUUUACUGAAAACAAUACGGAUUAAAUUAGAUGUAUCUAGAACUUCCAUAUUUUUGGGAGUAUGCUGACAGCCGUAUAUGUUUUUUGUAUUCUUUGUUUUGAUCAUAAUAUCUAGAGUGAGCAAAAUACUAUUGGAGAGCAGAAUUUUAAUCCUGGUAAUAUAUCAUUUGAUUUUCAAGUUUCUCACCAACAUCACCUUGGUUCAGGCCCUUGUUCUACUACUAGAAUUUCAAAAACUAGUUCCUCAUGACUUCAUUCCUCAUACUCUACUCAAAGAUACCCUGAAUAUUUCUGCUGGGAAAAAAAAAAAAAACUUUUAAAAAACACCUCUUUCUUUAUGCCAAAUCAAAAAUCUCUAGGGGAUUCUUAAAUUCAACUUUAUUGAAUUUUACUCUUUCAAGACCCUUCCUAAUGUGGUCCCACUCUAAAAGUUAAUUCACUGUCCUCAACACAGUCCUUCAUUGCAAAAACAGCUACACCAUCUGUAGUUUCCAGAUCUUACUUUAACAGUUAAUUUCAACUAAUAUUUUUCACUAAUUGUGUCAUACAUAGUAGUUAUGUCUCCUCAGCUAGAUUAUAAAGUCCUUUAUGGUAAGAGAGCAUUCUUAAUUGUCUUUACAGUGCCUGGUGUAGUCCUGAGCAAGGUAUUCAGAAAAACAUGUUGCUUCUUUGAUUUAUUGAAAAGUAAUUUACCAAUGAAUGUCCUAAGAUAUGUAAUUUAUCUUUUAUUAACCAUUUUCUCCCAGUGAAUGAAGUAGUGCGAUGUAGAGAAAAGAGCUUGGGUUUUGAAUUCAGAUAGACUUCCCUUACAGCCACCACCUCUGUCCCUUAAUAGCCAUAGAUUUGGGGAAACAUUUAACCUCAUUGAGUCUUGAUUUCUUCAUCUAUAAAAUGGGGGAGGGGCGCAGAGGAUGAGGCUUCUCUUGUAGGGUUGUUGUGAAGGUUAAGGGAGAUUCAUGCAAUGGAAGCUUGUAGCUCAAUGCUCAUCACAUAGCAAGUGCUCAACAGAUAGUUCCCUUCUUUUAGACUUAUCAUGUGAUCAUAUCCAUUGUAGAUAGAUAGAUAGCAGUAAGACAUAUAACAUGAACAUUGUAUACAUAUAAAUACUUCAAGAAAAUGAUCAUAUUUCCACUUUAAAUUUUAGCUACAACUGAAUGUGGUGCUACUUGUCAAAUAACACCUAAAACUUCACUUUCUAUGGUUGUUUGCCAACAGCAAAAGAUGCAAUUUCAUAAUUAUAAAAUGUUAAUAAUUGCAACAAAUAACUCUUAAAAUUAUAGUAAAAAGUAAUGUUUACAUUAUAAAUGUUCGAAAAUGACCAUGCUUUGCUUUUACAAAGAGAGCUGAAUUUAUAAAUGAAUUGCAUUUUAAUUAAGUUUGAAAUCAAAUUCAUUUGUCCAGA